AUGGCCACUGAGUGUGACGUUUCACAAGUUUCCGAAAAAUUUGGAAACUUUACAAUAGAACAAGGAAACGACAAAAAAGUCAAUGAAAAUUACGUAGUAAGUGAAAACCUAGAAUAUGGCUUGCCGCUAACAGAAGUGUAUAAAUUAGCAUUUAAUUUUUACAGGGAGAAAGAAGGCAAAGCAGUUCACUUUAGUUAUGAGGACAAAUUACAAUUAGUAGCGUUUUCUCAACAAGUUCUUCAUGGACCAUAUACAGAAGCAAUACAUAAAUUACCUCCAUUGGGAGCGUUCGAUGUUGUAGGAAGAGAUAGACGUUUGGCAUGGCAAAAAUUAGGUCAACUUUCCAGUGAUCAGGCUCGAACAGGCUUUGUGGAAUUACUUAGUAGACGCUGCCCUUUAUUUUCCACCUACAUAGAAGCACAUAGAAGGGAGAAAAAAGAAAAAGAGAGAAAAGCAAAAGAGGAGGAAUCUCGUAAACUUAUCGAAGAAGAAGAGAAGUUAAAAAAGAGUGAGGAAGAAAAAUUUAUACAAGAACAAUUAUUGAAGGAAGAAGCUAUUAAGCGGCAAAUUCAACAGGCUUUAAAUGAACAAACUUAUGAUCAGUUUAGGAAAUAUGCUGAGCAGCAAUAUCCAGGUGAUCCCGAAAAACAAGGGAAUUUAAUAAGGCAAUUACAAGAUCAGCAUUAUAUACAGUACAUGCAACAGUUACAAGCUGCACAAAGAGAUCCAGAAACCAAUAAAAAUGCAAAUUGUGAUAAGGAAAAAGUAAGUGAAGAUUCAAAACCUGCUGAUAAUUCUAAUGAUACGAAUCAGGAAGCAGAAGAAUCGGAUGAACCGGGACUGGUGGCUGCUAGCAUGUGGACUCGAUCGGACAUAGAUGUUUUUAAACAAAGCGUUUCACAAGGGGAAGGAGAUGGGGUGGUCAGGGUUGGCCAUGGAGAAACCGUUACGGUCCGAGUUCCGACACAUCCUCAGGGCUCACGUCUCUUUUGGGAAUUUGCUACAGACCACUACGAUAUAGGAUUUGGAGUUUAUUUUGAAUUUGGUACUCCCACCAGCGAAGAAGUGUCUGUCCACGUGUCUGAAAGCGAUGAUGAGGACAUGGAGGACUUAGAUGAAGACGAAAUAUUCGAUGAUGAAACUAUCCGCACAAACGACUUAGAGUCUGGAUCUAUAUCGAUUAAUGGUAUUUCCAAACCGUUACUCCAUGAAAUAGUUCCUGUUUACAGACGAGACUGUCAGAACGAGGUGUAUGCCGGUUCGCAUCCCUAUCCAGGGAAAGGGGUGUAUCUGCUUAAAUUCGAUAACUCUUAUUCAUUAUGGAGGUCAAAGACGCUGUAUUACAGGGUAUAUUACACCCAUUAAAGAUUGCGUAAUUUAUUUUUUUUUAUGUGUUAUGCUGUGCUAUAACGGUGCAACUGUUAGCGUACUCUUCCGAAUAUACAAAAAUUAUUUAUUGCGUCAUAAAGAAUUUAAAGGUUCAUUUUUCGUAUUUUUUACCAUUGAAUUUCUGCUAGAUUUAUAAACUUUGCCUUGCUUUACUUACAUAAAUUUUCAAAGAAUUUCAAGACUUGUUUAUUUAGACUUAUGGUUAUUAUAAAUAGCUUAGAUCAAUCCAAUAAAAUCAGCUCUUGUGGAGUUGGCAGACUACAGUUCAAUCCUUUAAUAUACGAGGUGUUUUGAAAAAAGGUGCCAUAAAUUCAGAGACUGAUAGAACAUCGAAAUGCCAGCUGAUUUUUUACAGUGAAGCAUAGUCAUAGAAUACCUACCUAACAGUUAAAAUAAUAAUUUAAUGUCAAAACUUCUGAUUUAAAACUUACAGUUAGUUACAGAAUUACUUUUCAAUUUCUUAACCUUUGCUAGGAAUCUUUGACUUGGCCUUGUUGUUCUCGGGCUAGACUCUGUGGGUGUAGACCCACUAUUAGAUUUCCUAGGCCUGGCCUUUGUAAAUAUUGGUUCUUCUAGGGUUUAAAGUCAGGCAUAACAGCGCAAAAAGCCAUCAUACUUUAAAUAUUAGCAAGGAUCUUGAAAGCCUUAAAAUCUCUUUAUUUUCUAUUCCCAAAUUGAAGUUAUAUAAUAACUUUCCAGGAAACUUCGAGUUAGGUUUCUAAUUUCGUUUGUUAGGAAUUUUCAGCCGUGGUUCUAUUGUCUUUUGUUUUUAAGAUAGAGUUAAGUUUAAGUAAAAGGUGCCAUUUUUUAAAUUGCAUAUUUGUCAUAUCAUUUACAAAACAUGCCGUACAUACAUUAAAAUUUUGUACAUUCAAGGUUUUGAAAAUGAAACGUUAAUAUUGUUAGUUUUCGGUUAUCUUGUAGAGGUCGCUAGUUGCGAUAUUCUCAUUGGCGUUUAGUAACUUUUGUUUUGAGGUUAGAUCUUCUGGAUUUUAUUCACUUUCUAUUUUUUGUUCUUGUUCAGUCUGUUAGAAAGUUACUGUUUUCUGGAAAACCAUUGUCUUUUUCAAAGUCGAUCGAUUUCUGUCAAGUAUGUUCUGUUAGGUAUAUCUGAAAAAGACUGGUUAACGCAAUUGAAAACUAACAUUGACAUUUUUAGUAUCCUGAAAAACAUGCUUGUAUCAAAUUUCAAUGCAAUAUAUUGUUUUUCAUAAAAGAUAAAACCAAAAUUUUAUUUAAAAAAAUGUUUUUUGAAGCUUAAUUGUAUCUGAUCCAUAAGAAAAAAUUGUUUUAUUUUUCGAUUUUCUAUCUGCACCUGAAUUUAUGGCACCUUUUAUCAAAACAUCCUGUUUUUACAAAUUUAACCAAUAACGAAGUUUAACAUUGAAUUUUAGUUAUUGGCUUUUAGUUCUGGUAUAAAAUACCAGUGUCUUUUAAAGCGUGUAAGUUGGAUGUACUGUACUCUGCUUUCAUGGCAUGGGGAUUUACAGUUGCUGUGAACAUUUUAGAGUAUUAAAAGGCUUUUCCAAAAGACAGUUUUCACAUAAAGUAUAAUUUGUAAGAUUCACAACAAUUGUAAACAAUCCAAAAGUGUUAUGUUACUUUUUUAUUUCUUAUUAUUUGUAACUAAAUUUGUAAAAUAUGUAAUAAAUUUUAUGUUUACAAUA